AUGGGUUGUCAAUUAGACUACGACCCGAAUUUUGAACGGUUCAAGGCAAGCCUAGGCCAGCCGCAGCUUGCUGGGUGGUUCGACAUACACCGCCUGAAAUACAAGAGUCAAUGCCCCUGGAAUCUCACCCAGUCGCAGACUGUCAAGGAGUACUACAUGGAUUUCAUGAAUCAGGUUGGAGGGCCGGUGGGCUGGACAGGCACUUAUCCGUUGGUCUUCACCAAGGGUAAAACGGCGGUCGAGAAUGAUCCCCAAGCCAGGGAAGACGAGGUCUGUUCUACGGCGGGGGGCAAGCCUAACAAGUAUGGUGUUGACGAACAAUAUUGCCGGGCAGUGGUCAAGGACUGCGCUUUGAAGGAAACAAGGAAGAACCCGAACGCCAGCGCGGACGAUUUCAUCAAGUGCGCGGACACUAAGCUCAUGCGAAAUCAUUGA